AAGUAAUUCUGCACAAGAUAGGAAAUUGAUGAAUUGAUUAGAGACAAGGCUGACUUUUCAACUUGGCCGUGAGCAGGCCCAUUUCUCUUGGGAUGCACAGUGCACAUGAACUGUGGGGCUCAUCCCACGAACAUGUAAGAGCCACACGGAUGGUGUGAGGUUGUUCUCAGGGCCGUGGGCACAGGGACAGGUUCCCGUCUUCUCCCCACCCCACCUCACCCCGCCCCAAAUUCAUCUGUUGAAGUCCCAACCCCCGGGACCUCAGAAUGUGGCAGUGUUUGGAAACGACAUCUGAACAAGGAACCAUGCUGAAAUGAGGUCAUUGCAGUAGUCCGAAUGUAUAUGGCUAGACUGGAGUCCUUAUAAGAAGAGGAAAUUUGAACACAGAGACACAGGGAGAAGACAGCACCUACAAACCAAGGACAAAGGCCUCAGAAGGAAUGAACCUGCCCACACCUUGAUCUUGGACUUGCAGUCUCCACAACUGGGAGAUAAUAAAUUUCUGCUGUUUCAGUGACCCCGUCUGUGGCACUCCCCAUUCAGGGCCUGGAUGCGCAGCCAUGCCUACCACCCCACCCUAUGGCUGCCUUCCCUGAGUCCCCAGGGUGGAACUGGAGGAGACACUCUGUCUCCUCCCCCACAACAGGAAGGAAGCUGAGAUGACCACACCUGAAGCCAGUGGAGGCCUCCUUUUCCUGAUCCACAGAGAGGAACUAGACUUCGGGUGAGCCUCUACGGAUCAGAGACACAGAAAGCAUCUGGAAGCAGAGCUGGCCGGGCUCAUGAAUGGAGAUUUAGCAGCUGGAAAGAUGGCUUCCUGCACCUGCCCCUCGGGCCCCAUGGAUAGCCUGGAGCUCCUGGAUCUCCUGUUUGAUCGGCAGGAUGGAAUUCUAAGACAUGCAGAUCUGGGCGAGGACUGGAGCCAUGUCGGGGACCAGCAGGUCCUGCCAGCCCCGGACUCUGACGAUUUCCUCAACUGUAUCUUGGGUUCUGGAGACUCAGUGCCCAGCUCUCCUCUUUGGUCUCCUGCAGCCAGUGACAGCGGCAUCUCUGAAGAUCUGCCCUCCGACCCCCCGGAUACCCCUCCACACAACGGGCCAGUCACUGCCCCGGCUGGCUGCCAUUUCUCGGAGUCUGGCAAGGGGCUCUGCCCCUCCUACCAUCCUGUCCCUCACAGCCCCACCAGGCCCCUUCGGCCAGCGGCCCAAAUGCUCGAGGCCUCCGUGGCCAUAGACCUGGAAAUGUGGAACGUGGGCCUCUAUCCCGAGAAGCAGACUGAGCUGGCAGACUCGGCCCGGCGCUGCAACCUCACAGUGAAAGACCUCCUCCUCUCUGGCAGUGGUGGGGACCCGCAACAGCAUCACAUGGCAGCCCCCCACCUGUUAAGACCUGGGACUGGACACUGCCAGGAGCUGAUGCUGACAGAGGAUGAGAAGAAACUAUUGGCCAAAGAAGGCAUCACGCUGCCCACCCAGCUGCCUCUCACCAAGUACGAGGAACGAAUGCUGAAAAAAAUCCGCCGGAAAAUCCGGAACAAACAGUCGGCCCAAGAAAGCCGGAAAAAGAAGAAGGAAUAUAUUGAUGGCCUGGAAAGUCGGAUGUCAGCCUGCACUGCCCAGAACCAGGAGCUUCAGAGGAAAGUCUUGCAUCUCGAGAAGCAGAACCUGUCCCUCCUGGAGCAGCUGAAGAAACUCCAGGCCAUUGUGCUCCAAUCCACCAGCAAGUCAGCCCAGGCGGGCACCUGCAUAGCGGUCCUGCUGCUCUCUUUCGCCCUCAUCAUCCUCCCCUCCAUCAGCCCUUUUGCCUCCAACAAAGCUGAGAGUCCUGGAGACUUCACACCUGUACGAGUUUUCUCCAGAACUUUGCACAACGAUGCUGCUUCCCGUGUGGCCCCUGACACCACGGCAAGUUUCAAGGCCCCAGGACCCCUGCCCGAGGCUGGCACACCCCAGGAAGGGUCUCUGGAAAGCCCCAGGACUCACUGGAAAUCCCGGGACAUGCUGACUCUGGACAACUUGACAGAGGAGCUGGACAAGUCGACCCUGGUCCCAGGCAACUGGACAGAGGACCUGAGCCGGGCCACCCUGCUGGAUUGGGCCUCACCUGAGCCAGCACUCAGGCCAGGGCGGGUGGGGCUGGAGGCGGGGGAGGAGCUGUGACCGCCACCUGGACGUGCCCCCGGGCCUCUCUGCCCAGGGGCACUGCAGCGAGUGCUGCAGUGGACAGGCAAGGGAUUGGGGGUGAGGCAGACCCCCAUGGAGAUGCUAGGAUGGAGAUGCACACACACAGCUACACACCCAGGGACCCGCACACAGGGGCAGAAACUGAUGCCCAGACACAGGGCACUCAUAAGGCCACAGAGCCUGAGAAAUACAUACACAGGCCCAGGCACAGCAGGCACCAGGCAGAUGCAUACCGAGUGAGUGACCCACUGACCCAGACAGGCAUGGAUGCAUGACACACCGCAACAGUUGCCCUGCCUGGGGACUUCUCUAUGCCCCUUCACACGCACGGAGGAGGAGGUGGCUCAGACUGCGGGAACCCUGGCCCCUGAGCACUGACUGAGUUCUGAGCUUCGGGAUGGCCAUGGCCCACAGCCACCGCCCACUUUCUCUGAGACUGCUAUGAUCCUUAAUAAAACAUUGUGACAGAA